AUGGACGCCCCCUGGACGAAAACUGGCGACGAGAUUCUGCAGCAUUUCUCCGUGGAUCCCAGUCGUGGAUUGACCUCGGACCUCGCUGCUAAGCACGCUGAGCUGUACGGGAAGAACGAACUUCCGGAGGACCCGCCUACUCCACUGUGGGAGCUUAUUCUGGAGCAGUUCAAGGAUCAACUCGUACUCAUUCUACUUGCUUCGGCGUUUAUAUCUUUCGUUCUUGCUUUAAUCGAUAAUUCUGAGGGUGUUUCUUUCGUCGGUGCAUUUGUAGAACCUGUAGUCAUUCUGCUGAUUCUUGUGGCCAAUGCAACUGUGGGUGUGAUCCAGGAAACGAAUGCAGAGAAAGCCAUAGAUGCGCUCAAAGAGUACUCUCCCGAUGAAGCUACAGUAUACCGUAAUGGUCAAGUUUGCCGAAUACACGCGUCGGAACUUGUCCCUGGAGAUAUCAUCACCAUUUCUGUCGGAGACAAGAUCCCUGCUGACUGCAGGUUGCUCUCCGUUUCAUCCACAAGUUUCCGCAUAGACCAGGCUAUAUUGACCGGUGAAAGUAUCAGUGUUAACAAGAGCCCUAUUGUUGUGCCCGAUCUCAAGGCCGUGAAACAAGACAUGACGAAUAUACUUUUUGCUGGUACCACAGUGGUCAAUGGAAAGGGGAGGGCUAUCGUCGUUUUCACCGGACAACACACAGCGAUAGGUGAUAUCCACAAGUCCAUCACGUCUCAAAUAAGCGAGAAGACUCCUCUCAAGCGUAAACUAGACGACUUCGGUGACAUGCUAGCCAAGGUGAUAUCUGUCAUCUGUAUUCUGGUCUGGCUCGUCAACUAUCGCCACUUCUGGGAUCCCGCGCAUGGAGGUGCACUCAAGGGUGCGAUCUAUUACUUCAAGAUCGCCGUAGCAUUGGCCGUGGCUGCAAUCCCAGAAGGUUUGGCUGCCGUCAUCACCGCCUGUUUGGCGCUGGGUACGAAGAAGAUGGCCCAGAAGAACGCUAUUGUGCGGAACCUACCUAGCGUCGAGACCUUGGGUUGUACGAAUGUGAUAUGUUCGGACAAGACCGGUACCUUGACGACGAACCAGAUGAGUGUCUCGCAUUUCUUCGUCAUCGAUUCCACGGGUGCGCUCAAGGAGUACACGGUUGAAGGCACUACAUUCGCGCCUUAUGGGUCGGUCGAGUCUGCUGGUGGCAAAGAUGCCUCUGCUGAACCUCGUUCAGAGCCUCUGCAACGUUUGGCCGAGAUCAGUGCUAUCUGCAAUGAUGCCAAGAUCGUGUAUCAUGCGGAUAAGGACAUAUAUGCAAACGUCGGCGAACCCACCGAAGCAGCUCUGAAGGUCCUUGCGGAGAAGCUCCCAUGUCCUGACCCUGAAGUAGCGAAGUCGCUCCCAGACCUUGCACCCGCUGUCCGUGCAAGUGUUGUGAAUGAGUACUACGAACGCACCAUCCCCAAACUGAUGACAUUCGAGUUCUCCCGAGACCGGAAGAUGAUGUCCGUGCUGGCGUCCAAGAACGGCAGCGGUGUUCUGUAUGCCAAGGGUGCUCCGGAAAGUAUCCUGGAGCGAUGCAAUGCAGUUCUUAUCGACAACACCACGGUGCCUCUAAAUGCGAAACUGCGAUCGACGAUCCUUGAACAAACGGCAGUCUACGGUUCCCAAGGUCUUCGCACCCUUGCACUGGCAUACGCUCCCCAACAAGUUCUCGACAAUGCGUGUUAUCGGACCGAGGAUCCACAAGACUACGCACGGUUUGAGAAGGACCUCAUCUUCGUAUCCCUUGUAGGAAUGCUCGAUCCUCCCCGUCCCGAAGUGAAGCUCGCGGUUGCAAAUUGUCAGGCUGCAGGAAUCCGUGUCAUCUGCAUUACCGGUGACAACAAGCGCACUGCAGAGACUAUCUGCAGACAGAUCGGUGUCUUCGGCGAGGACGAGGAUUUGACGGGCAAGAGUUAUACUGGUCGGGAACUGGACGAACUCAGUCAGGAGGAGAAGUUGGCAGCAGUCAUGAGGGCUAGCCUGUUCAGCCGCACAGAGCCGUCGCACAAGAGUCAACUCGUGGAUCUGCUCCAGAGCCAGGGUCUUGUUGUCGCGAUGACCGGAGACGGUGUAAAUGAUGCACCUGCUCUCAAGAAGGCAGACAUUGGCGUUGCCAUGGGCAGUGGUACCGACGUCGCGAAGCUCGCUGCCGACAUGGUGCUUGCGGAUUCGAACUUUGCAACCAUCGAGCAGGCGGUGGAGGAAGGCAGGUUGAUAUACAACAACACAAAGCAAUUCAUCCGAUACCUUAUCUCGUCGAAUAUUGGCGAAGUCGUCAGCAUUUUCUUGACUGUUCUUCUGGGUAUGCCGGAAGCACUGAUCCCGGUGCAACUUCUAUGGGUCAACCUUGUCACAGACAGUCUCCCGGCGACAGCCCUUGGUUUCAACCCUGCGGACCACAGCAUAAUGCGCGUGCCACCACGAAACAACCGUGAACCCCUUGUCGGUGGCUGGCUGUUCACUCGUUAUAUGAUCAUCGGCGUCUAUGUGGGCUGUGCGACGGUGGCGGGUUACGCCUGGUGGUUCAUGUAUUACGCCGGCGGACCGGAGAUUACCUUCUACCAGCUGACACAUUUCCACAAGUGCACUGCACUAUUCCCCGAAAUUGGAUGCGAAAUGUUCACCAAUGUCAUGGCGCACCGUGCGACGACGAUGAGUCUCUCGAUCCUAGUAACGGUGGAGAUGCUCAACGCCAUGAACUCGCUGUCUGAGAACGAGAGCCUGCUCGCGCUUCCAGUGUGGAAGAACCCGUUCUUGGUCGGCGCGAUUGCGCUGAGCAUGCUUCUCCACAUUGCGAUCCUGUACAUUCCUUUCUUCACGCAACUCUUCGCUAUCACUCCUCUCAACUGGAUCGAGUGGAAAGCCGUAUUGUAUUUCAGCGCUCCUGUUAUUGCCAUCGACGAGGUCUUGAAGUUCAUAUCCGCAACAUUUAUUGCCCCCCCAUCAAAAAUCAAGACCAACUAG